GAAAGAUUAAUAAAACGUGGGUGGAAAGUUACAUCCAAUUGCAAAGUUUAACACCCGGUAAGGUUCAAGGAAAGGAUCGCAAUCUAUCCAGGGAGCACCAACUAGUGGAGCGAAGCUUGAAACGGGAAAUAUUGGAUCUUCGACCAUCAAUCUAUCUACUAGCUGGGUACAAGUGGUGCACCAAAACGAGAAUAAUUACCUUCGACACGAGCAGAUAAUUAUUAAGUCACAAUUUAUUUGUGGGAACGAAAGGACGAAACGAUACGUGGUGUGAAGUCUUCGGAUUGUCGGCUUAUCUAUUGGGAUUGAAUUGCGAUUGGCAUUGGCAUUGGCAUUGGGGUUGACAGCUGGUUUCUUACGACGAUUCAUUGCAGACCUGAGCGGUUUGAAAUCCAUACGAAACAAUUGCCUCGUACGCCGUUGGGAAAACGUGCAGAUUCUGCAGUGCUCUUGAUUAAAGAAGGGGGGAAGGGUCAACGAGAAAAGGAGCGAAAGCAAGCAAUUUCGCACAAGAUUGCACGCCCCAACGUACCUACCACUACCGCGCAAAUUACAACAAACGUCCAGCACAGCAUUCGCAGUAGCAAUGGGAAAGUACUACGAAGCUAAUCCUCCUUACUAUAAGGAAAAGCCCACCAAGAUGGCUUCUAUGCGACGUAUAAAAGUCUUCGGCAUUCUCGUCUUCAUCGCCGUCGUAUCCCUCCUCUUCUAUACUUCUUCUCUUCGUCAACAACGCAAUCUCUCCAAAUCCGACUCUGGAGAUUUCUACAGCAAGACCAUGAAUGGAUUAGGGAAACAAGAAGUGGCAGCUGCAGGAGGCCGAAACGACGAAGAUGAGAAAGUAGCAAAAGAAAUGCAACAAAGAUUGAAAGAUGCGGCAGAUAAAGCAAGAGAUAACGCGAAUGCGAAGGCGUUUAAACCUGAUCCACCAUCGCAGGUUGUGGGGAAGGGAAAUGCGGCGGAGGGGCAGGGCGGGGAGAGGAGUGUUGCGGGACGGAAGAAGAUGGGUGAUAAGGCGCAGGAAGUUGUUAAAGAGGGAGAGAAGGAGGAGGAAGAUAUGGAGGUCACGACUGAAUUGAAUACUAUUUUGAAGAAGUCGCCGAUAAUCAUUUUCUCCAAAUCUUACUGCCCGCACUCUAAGCGCGCAAAGGAUAUCCUACUCGAAAAAUACAGAAUCGAUCCGCUCCCAUAUGUGGUGGAAUUAGAUAAACAUCCCCUAGGAGGAAAAUUACAAGGGAGAUUGAAUCAACUUACUGGAAGGAGAACAGUUCCCAACGUGUUGGUUAAUGGGGUCAGUAUUGGAGGUGGUGAUGAUGUGGCAGAAUUGGAUGAAAAGGGAACGUUAGGAGAGAAGGUGAAAGAUUUGGGGGGAAAGAAAAUUCUAAGCGUUAAGGCUAAUUAAGGGGGGGAAAGGAGGAAGGAAAGGAAUGGGACAGGAAAAAGGACAUUACUACGCAAGCGUCUUGUGCAAGCAGACAACAAGAGUUAGCACGCAGAAUAGCCCUUUAAUAGCGUUUUAGUUUCGUUGUGCUGGGAAUCGAAAUCAAGCUUUGCAUUAUCAUGCCUUCUUUCGGAUGGAUUGAUAGGAGUACUUCCUUUUGUCGUUUUUUUCUUUUCAAACGUAUAUAUUUUCAUAGAGAAAUGGAUAUUUUUCUCGAUUGAGAAUUUAAAAUCCAUCAUGUUCAGAUUAGUGAACUGGAAUUCUGGAUGUCUAGAGUAGGUAGGGUGAGAAUGAAUGUUGGGGGGCUUCUCUUGAGCUUUCUUGAGGAGAUGAUCACGUUGAUGAUGACGGUACUGCUGGGUAUUAAUAUUUCUGGUUCGUGUAUGCCA